AGUCCCCGAUUAUCGAGUCACAAGUGCGGAGGAGCUGUUUUGUGCUGCUAUCAUAAUAAAACGCAUUAAAUCGUGUCCGAGCAUUCAAUAAUAACGGCAACGCAAACUCGCGACUGAUAAUUAGAAAAUGAGAUCUUGUUACGGCUUUGUAUAUACUACCGUAUUGAAAUAAAAAGAUGAUGCGUGGGCGAUAAAGAAGUCGAUCGACGUCGAGUUUCAAUUGUGCGGUUAAUCGAAGCUACGCUUCUUCUGCUUGUGUCUAUACGAACUCGUAAAUAUUAUUGUUUCGAGUGCAUCGACUGCUUGGGAGAAAGGAAUUUUGCAUACUUAUAUUAUACCUCGACAACAAUGGCUCACUGGUUUCAUCGUAACGUCCUGAAAGCAACGACCCCGCACAAAUUCGAACUCAAGCAUCACGAUCCGACCGAUGCGUCACGAAAACUUUGCAACGAUCUGAAGAACAGUCGCAACAGACUGCUGGAGCUGAUCAAAAAUCCAAACAACGACAGCACGAUGAUCGAGCCCGCGUACACCUCGUAUCUGCAAUUGCUGUACGGCUUCAUUUGGGAAGUGGACGGCGACGGCGAUGGGAAAGUCGGCAGGCCUCCACCCAGCAAGCUCAGGGACGCGUUCAUCUUCAAGUGGACGCAUACGCUGCUUGGAGCGAGCACUGUUACUUUUGCUGACGCUGUUUACGAAGCAGCUAACAUGAGUAUCAACGUAGGCCUGUGGUUCAUGAAACAUGCUGCCAUGAUAGCAGCGAAAGAAGACAUUACUAUGGAUGAAGCUAAAGAAGUGCAUAGUAUGUUGAGAAGAGCCGCAGGAAUAUUUACGUUUGUGCAAACAGAAUUUCUGCCCCAGUUGACAAGUCCACCACCUCUUGGUAGUGAUUUGGAUUCUCGAGUAGUUAAUGCUUACAUCAAUCAGUGCACUGCCGAAGCACAAGAAGUGACUGUUGCUAGAGCUGUGGAACUAAAGCACAAUGUCAAUCUAAUAUCAGCCUUAUCUAAUGAGACCAGUAAACUAUUCAACGAUGCAGCUAAUACAUUAAGGCCAUUUAAAGCAGAAAUCUCAGGUCAAUGGAUAAAAUAUUUAGAAUUAAAAUCUAUGUUCUACAAAUCAUAUGCAUACAGUUACUGCGGAGACAACUUGUUGGCUAUGGAUAAAUGUGGACAAGCAAUAAGAGCCUUGAAAGAGAGUAAAGCUUGUUUAGAAAAGUCAAUGGCUUUUUGCAAGGAAUACAGCAAAACAACUGGACCAGCUCCUAGAGUAAAACCUGAUCAACAUCUGGUAUUCAAACGUUUAGCUCCUCUUGUGCAACGUACAUUGGAUAAAUGCGAACGAGAAAACAGUUUGAUAUAUCAUGACCCAGUGGUUCACGAUGUACCUCCUUUAGAUAGCAAAGCAACUUUUGGAUUGGUCAGUCCAAUUACUUUCCAGAUGCCUUCUCCCGACAAUCUAUGGAAUUUGGGAAUCUACAAAACCCUUAUUGGGUUCGAAACAGCGAAAAUCAGCAAAGAACAAGAUUUACCUCCGGUAAAAGAGGAAGAAAUACCUCAAAAUAACAAAGAUCCAAAAAAUGAAAGUGGUUGUAAUCUGCAAUAAAUUCAUAAUUACAAAGUAAAGAAUUUGUACAAAUUGAAAUUUAGACGAUAACGCAAAGAAAAUUCCGAUCGAGCGCUACGUGAUUUCUAUACUUCGUAUCUUUCAAUUUGCUUUGUGCAAUAAAUAUUUCGGCUCGAUCGGGUAAGAUAUUUGUUUCUGCAUAUAGCUUUAACAAAAACAAAAACAUAAACAUAAAACAGUUUUAUUAUUGCAUUUUUAAAAUAAUUGUAAAACGAUGCAAAUAAUUCGCACUUAGCGGCUAUUUUUACUUUAGCGCUAGUAUUAUUUAAGCUAGUCAAGUAUAUGUUUAUUUGCGUUACAAUCUAAAAAAAAUUGAGUUGUUGAAAAUAUUUCUUAAAGAACGAGAUGCCUAAGAAAAUAUUUUUUUAUUAUUGCGACGUUCUUAAAAAUGCAUUUCUAUAAAUGGUAUAUUUCUUAUAAUUUACUCAUGCAAUUUUUCGAGACAUAUAAUUUGUGCAAUUUUGUGAUUUGUAGAAAUCAUGCAUCACACAAAAAAAAUAUUACAUUUUAUAAUCUUGCAUAUACAGAAAGAUAUUGUACUAUCUCUACAAUAAACAAAGAAAGAUGAUACAAUUUUUCUGAA